AUGGCGCCGCUGUGCUACAGGCCGCUGCCCCUGCUGCUCGCCCUGGCGCCCCUGGCAGCGGGCCGCGGCGCGCUGCACGCGCGCCUUGCGUCGGAGCCCGUGGCCCCGCCGGCCGCCGAGCCCACGCGUGAGGAGCUCAUCGCCCUCGGCAUUUGGCCGCCGCCGGAGCCUGUGGGCCCUGCCCCCACGAAGAAGGACGGCUCCUACGGCUCCAAGGCGGACGCGUGCCAGGCCUGCAAGAAUAUGGCCACGGGGUCCUGCGCGAUGUACAGGACUUGCUUGUGCUACGCGGCGAACGCGGUCUUCGAGACGCCGGGCAUCCCCGCACCCACUGACAGGACGAAUUACCAUUGGACUUGCGGCAACGAGGGCGGCGACAAGUACGAGUUGUGCUUCAAGUCCGACCCCAAGUACACCGACAGCUUCGGAGACGAGUUCGAUGUGAACAAGCCAAAGUGCCCCGUGUCGCAGUGGUGGGCGAAGGAGCGGAAGCGCUUGCAGCAGCGGCGCGCAGACUUCCGCCCGAGUGGGCCGCAGCACUUCCGCGCCAUGGAGGACGUUGGCGCCGACGACCCCGCGGCCGAGGAGACAUUCCAGGUCUUCGUGAAGACGCUGGUGGGGCAGACGAUCACCCUCAAUGUGGCCGCCAGCGAUGCGGUCCACUACAUAAAAGGGCUCAUUCAGGACAGCGAGGGCGCCCCCGCCCACCAGCAGCGCGUGAUCUUCGAGACGAAGCAGCUCGACGACAAACGCAAGAUCGGGGAUUACAGCGUCCGGAAUGGCUCCACGCUGCACCUCUCUGAGCGUCUGCGCGGGGGUGGGAAGAAGGGGGAGGUCGUGCCGAGCCUCGCCGCGGCGGCUGAUGUUCCCGCGGCGGACGAGGUGAUCCUCCAGGGGCAUUUGCGCGGCGGCAUGCCCCCUGCCAGGGCGACCUCAAUGGAGGAGUACCCGAUGCCAGGCGACCUGGGGCCUGAGAACCACCCUCGCAUGCCACUGGGAAGCUGCUGCGCCAAGCCGUUUGCCAAUUACGGCGUCCUGGCUAAACACCUUAAGCGCGCAGAGCCACUCGGCCAGAAUUGCAGGGCUCGUGGGUCUACGCCUGGAGCACGAUGGAGCGCAGGGCGAUGA